UACAACAAAUUUCUUCAAUUAUCUCUCACUCUCUUCUCCCCUCUCCUUUUUCCAGGAAAAUUUCCCUUCCCCAUUACACCCUUUUUCCCCAACUAGGGUUUUCUUUCCCACUUCCUUUUGGGAAAUCCCUCAUUUUUCUUCCCUUUUCCCCUUUCUAUCUUACAGUCAGUGUGGAGAUGGUGAUGGAGAGGAAGCUCUGUGUCUUUGAGGGCUUCAUUCUCUGUUAUCUCUUGCUCUCUGUUCUUGCCUCCUCCAAGAACCAUGGAAACCCAGCAAACGAUCUUGUCGAUAUUAUCAACAAAAACCGAACCACCGAGAAGCUCUCUCACCUAAGCGACAGCCCCGGUCUCGGAUGCAUGGCGCUGCAAUUCGUCAACUUCUGCAAAGGAAACUGCACAAGCAACAACACAGUCAAUUGCAGUCCAUCAUCCGACGACUUCAUAGAAAUCUUCGCUCCAGACUGCGGCGUCGAGCUGCCGACUUUCGACACGAUAACCGGUCAGAUCUUGGCCUGUCAAUCCAAGUAUUUAGAGCCAUCGGUUGCCUUCUCCCAGGUGCUCGUUCCUGACAAGAAAGCCCUUGCUCUGUUGAGGAACAAGUCUCACACAGAGGUGGGGGUGGGGAUGGUAAGGGUGCAUCAUAAAGGGCCAUUCUUGUGGUGUGUUUUGUUCAGUAGUGGGAAGACAAACUCAACAUUUGUUCUUGAAAAUCAUGGUUUGGGGAUCAAGCAAAAGAGGGGCUGCUUCAGUGGAAGUGGUGUUGAAUGCAGUAGAGCUCACUCCAAUGGGGCUUUUUGGAAUAAUACUUUUAUGGUUUUGUUGUUUUUCGUUCUCUCUUAUAAGAGCUUUUCUUGUUUUUCAUUUCCGGUGAUGUGAAAGUGAGAUUGAGGAUCUUUGGCCGCCUGCUAUGUGUUCUGAGUCGUUACAGACGAAGUGGUCUAUAGAACUUAUAAAGAAGAGAUGGUUGUGGUUUCUGGGUUAUUGAAAACCAGGAGACAGAAUCGAAGUCGAGGAAGGAGAAUCAUACGAGUCGGGAGGAUUGAAAUUUUUGUUGUAUAUUGAAUUAAAGGAAGAGUCUAAGAGCCAAUUUGCAA